AUGAACAUAUUAAUCGGCAACUCGUCCAAGUACUUUUUUCCGUUCUUCACUCUAAAUUCUGCCUACUACUCCGAAUACCUUGCCCUCCUCUUCGUCUUCAUUCACAUCAUGCUCACCAUUCUCUGCAUUCUGCUCACCAUUCAAACGUGUGUCAUUGUGAAGACUGUCCAUGUGUUCCAUCCCAAUAUGAGCAACAUCAUCACUGCUAUUAUCGUCCAAUGGUUCGAGACUUUGAUCGCCAAAUUGAUCAUUUUUCCCUAUCAAUUGGGGUUUCUAACUGUCGGCGAAGGUGAGAAAACAAAACUUGCUAUUAUACACAAGAAGAGAAGUUCGAAAAGUGAUGUGAUGUGCACAAAACAUUCAGAUUGACCCGAUUUGUCUCAUAUCAUAAUCAUUAAUGCCUCCACGGCACUGAUACCCAAAACGUUAGUUCCAGCUCCGUGAGCUCUGGCCUGACCACGGUCUUCAAGUAUCUCCAAAAGUCCAAAAAAAAAAACCAGUAGACAACUGUUGAAUGUCUGCGACAUCGUCUCUUAAAUGGUAUUGAUUUCAGAUCGUGUUUUCCAGUCGUGGGUGACGAAUACUGUAUCAGAAAUGCCUCAAAUCGAGAAGCCGGGGGAUAUCGUUCCUCUUUUCGUCAGUGGAAUUCUCUACCUUCACUAUGCGUUCACAGUCGCCUUCAGUGUUUUCAUUCUCACUUGUGAACGUGCUUUUGCCACGUUUUUCAUCACGUAACACUCGAAACCAAUGGAAACAGUCUUAAUGUUAGAUUUUCAGAGAUUAUGAGAAGAAGCCGAGGGCGUACAUUUGUGUGAUUCUUCUGUUGAUGGCUCAUCUGUUAACCUUUCUUCUUUCCUGUCUUGCCACGUGUGAACUCAUCACUUUCACGACAGGAAUCGCAAUCUCCGGAGUGAUAAUCGUCGGAGCAGUUCUGGUGAGUUCAUCUACAUCUACAAUACUCUUUUCAUUGUUCCCGUCAGAUCUACUUCAUCAUCCUCCACAUCAACAUCGGAAUCCAAAAACGUUUGGAUAAAAACGAUCACAAACAGGAUUACUAUUCCCUGGCGAUUCGAUUUCAAGCCAAAGAGAACGCGAGAUCUCUGGAGCUGGCCAAGAAAGUCGUCGUCGUUGCUGCGGCCGCCGUCCUUUUGGGAAUGGCCCUUCUCGUGAUGGCGGCGUUUCAUUGGAUCGACAAUUACAUCAGCACGAUUGUCACUUUCGCUGAGGCCGUUUUCAAUUUGUGAGUAGUGACUGAGUGGGAUAAUAUAAUUGAGAGUUCUCCGACUUCGAAUAUUCUCUGCCCUCCCCUCCCUCUAUUUAGAUCAAAAGUUUAGAAGCUAACAGUCAUGCUUCUAAGCUUUUGACCUAAAGUGUCGAAGUGUCGAAACUUCUAGAUCAUUUCCAGAAACCCGCUCGUCGUCGUGCCCGUCGGCCUCUAUUCCGUGCCUAUUUGGCGUGACAGAUUCUUCAGGAAAUUGCCAUUUCUAGAGAAAAUCCGUACUGUUUCUACUAUGCGAAUUGUGAAAGUAUCGGCUGCGAAGGAGAACGAAGAGGUCAAGCAGACCGAAGUUUAUUUUAAUCAACUCAGCGAAGCGUGGAAGUGA